UGUGUAGAUCUUUAAAUGAGAAGUUCUAAAAACAUGAUUAAUGCAAUGUUGGCUUGUAUGAUUAACUGAUUCUACGAACUCAAAUCCUGGCUAAUUCCCAUGACCACCCGCUCAAGGCUAAGAAAUCCUUGAAAACUUUUACACUAGAUAAAUUUUCCGUUACUUUUCUUUGUUCAAUUUACGCUGGUCUGAGCGCUUCGUUUGCGCCCACCAUGACUGCAAGCACGCAGUGUAGAUAGAACGGAUCCGCAUUGGCAACGUGAGUGCCAUACUUUAGAUUGAUUUGACCAAGUGGGCAUUGUUGUUUGAAGCGGGAAUGUUACCCCAGUUUGCAGAAACAGCAGCCAGCUUUAGCAGGGCUUCAACCCUGAUGUUGAGGAUGGGCACUGAUGCUCACCUCUAUGAUGAUCCCCAGGAUGCCAACAUCAACUCUCUUCUCGACAGCAAGUUCGACUCAGAGAAGGUCGAGGCAUUGAAACGUCUUCUGGCCCUUAUGUCCCAGGGCUGUGAUGUCUCCAAUUUCUUCCCCCAGGUGGUUAAAAAUGUGGCAUCUCAGUCAUUGGAGGUCAAAAAGCUUGUUUACAUCUAUCUUGUUCAUUAUGCUGAAAGGCGACCAGAUGAGGCUUUACUGUCAAUCAACAGUUUUCAGAAAGAUCUGUCAGAUUUGAAUCCUUUGGUGCGUGCAUGGGCUCUGCGUGCAAUGUCAGGAAUCCACGUUCAUGUUGUGGCACCUCUGGUUUUAAUGGCUGUUACCAAAUGUUCUAGAGAUCCUUCUCCUUAUGUUAGAAGGUGUGCUGCAAAUGCUAUUCCAAAGCUUUAUGAUUUGGAUCGGGAGCAAAAUAAUAAUGCUCUGGAAGAGCUGAUUGGACUGUUGUUCAAUGACAAUUCUGCUGGGGUUAUUGGAGCUACUGCAGCUGCAUUUAAUUCUGUCUGCCCCAAUAAUCUAUCAUUAAUUGGCUCAAAAUUCAAGAGGUUGUGUGAGACACUUCCUGAUGUCGAAGAGUGGGGCCAGAUCAUUUUGAUAGAGAUUUUAUUGCGUUAUGUUGUUGCAAAGCAUGGAAUCUCAAAAAUAUCUGCUGCAUAUAAUUCAGGUUACACAAAGAGAUUAUUUAUUGAAAGAGAAACUUCUGAUUGUUCUCUAGAACAUUGGAACGGAAACAAAGGUCAAAACAAGGAAGAAAAGAACAUCUUUCCUGGGUCUGAUACAAUUGAUCAACAAAGCAGACUAUUGGAGACUACCUCCUUGAACAGUGAUUCAUCGAAAUCUAGUGAUGCUAUUCCUAUCAUAGACCUUGACAAUGAUGUGAAACUCUUGCUGCAAUGCACAUCACCCCUGUUCUGGAGUCAAAACAGUGGUGUUGUGCUUGCUGCUGCUGGAGUUCAUUGGCUUAUGGCUCCAAUGAAGGAAGUGAAAAGAAUCGUCAAGCCUCUGCUAUUCCUUCUUAGGUCAUCUUAUGACUCGCAGUAUGUGGUACUAGCAAAUCUAGCUACAUUUGUGGGAGAAAUGCCAUCACUAUUUGAACAAAACUUCGAAGAUUUUUUUAUACGCUCUUCUGAUACAUACCAUAUGCGAGCAAUAAAGCUGGAAAUACUGUCUAUUGUUGCAACGGAGUCAUCUAUUCAUACAAUAUUGCAAGAAUUACAGGAUUAUGUUAGAGAUCCAGAUAGAAAGUUUGCGGCAGAUGCGGUUGCUGCAAUUGGAAAAUGUGCCAAAAGACUCCCAACUGUAGCUUUGACCUGUUUGAAAGGACUUCUGGCAUUAGUUAGGAAAAGUUCUGUAUCUCUGGAGGGAAGCCAUUCUCUGGCUAGUGAAAAAACGGGUGAAUCUAUGAAAGAGAAGUUUCCUGGAAUUAAGGCAGCACAUCUUUUCCGAGCUGAUUUUAUGCUGACUGAUGGUGAUAAAGAUGAUAGUGAGGCAUCUGUUUUGACACAAACGAUUUUGGCUAUCAAAACAAUCCUACAACAGAAUCCAGAUGAAUUGGAAAAGGUUUUUGUGCCACUCAUACGGAGCUUGGAUUUGAUAAAUGUUCCAACAGCUCGAGCAAUAAUUAUUUGGAUGGUUGGCGAGUAUAGCUCUACUGGGACAGUGCUUCCUAAGAUUGUGCCAACUCUUCUACAGUACUUGGCUGCAUGCUUUCCAACAGAAGGAUUAGAGUCUAAGUUACAAAUACUUAACUGUGCUGCUAAGGUGAUUUUGCAUUGUGAAGCUUCUUGUAAGAAAGCUAUAUCAUUGGUGGUGAACUAUGUACUUGAUCUGGGUAGGUGUGACUUGAGCUAUGAUGUCCGGGACCGAGCACGUAUGCUGAAGCAACUUCUGGCACAUUCCUUUUCUGGUGUUGGUGUAGAUGGAGAAAAUGAAGCAUCACAGACUUAUGCUGUUGAACAAAUAAUUUCGUUAGCUGAUUUACCUCAGUGUAGCGGUGUUGAAUCAGAAAGGUCAGAAGACAAUUCUGAAAGGCAUGUAUUUGGGAAGACAAUUUUUCAACAGCAUGAUCCUCAUGGAAACUUGGUCUCAGCAAUUGCAAAGUAUAUUUUUUCUCCCAAGUUAGAUCCAGUCUUGCAUUCAACAACAAAACAAAGACUUUUUUUGCCUGGUUCUCUUUCUCACAUUGUCCAACACACAGCUCCAGGUUAUAGGCCUUUGCCAAAACCAUUUAGCCUGUCUGAGACUUGCAUCCCUUGUGAUGCAGAGGUUUGUCAACCUAUUGAAUCAAGAAGCAAGACUAGGGUUGAUGAUCAUGAUAGUUCUGGUGAUGAUACUGAUUACAUCUAUUCAUCCACUGAUAGAUCCUUCAGCGAGGGAAGUUUACAGAGUCACAUAAGUGGAUCAGACCCAGAAAAUGAUCGAUUGAGUGACAGUGAAAGCCCAGAGUUUGAAACCAAAACUAAAGAUAAGUGGAAAUCUUCACCAAACAGUUCAAAUGCGAAGUCUGUGAAGUCAAAAAUUUUAGAUUCAAAUACUAAAAUGAUUGGAAAUAUAAAAAGCAAAAGCAAAGAGGUAGAUGAAAGACAUACAGCAGAACCUCUGAUUUUUUUAUCGGAUAGUGAACAUGGGAAGGAAAUAGUUGAAGAUGGUUCUUGUGUACCUGUAGGUUCUGAUUGUCUACAGUUAAUGCGUGAAGAUGCCCUUGAAUCAUGGUUGGGACCAGAAGUUCCAAUUUCCAGGCCUGUUUUGCAUACAGAAGAAUCUGUACCAUCAGGCUAUGCCAGCUUAUCUAUAGGAGCUCUCGAUGCAGAACUAAGGAAGCAUACACUUUUAGAUUUUACAAAUGGAGAUGGUAUGAAUGUCAUGUAUGCCUUCUCUAAAGAAUGCUCAAGUUAUUCAUCAGAAAGUGUAUGUGUUCGUCUUUUCUUUGAAAAUCGUUCAUUGGUAGCAUUUACUAAGAUUAUUGUCAGAGCUGAUGAUUCAAUAGUGUCACCCUCGGAACCUGAGCUACCACCAACACAAGCACAUGGAAGGACAGCAGUGUCGCCGGAUUCACCAACUGUUAUUCCCACACAAGAGAUUCCCUUUCUUGAAGCAGGAGAAACAACACAAAGAGACCUUCAUGUCUGUUUUCAUCAGCUAACACCGCUGAAGUUGGGAAUUCAUUUCAAUAACAAAUGUUAUUCUGUUAGAUUGAUGCCUGAAAUAGGGGCCUUGUUGAGACCUCUCUCUAUGAAUUUAAUUGAAUUUACAGCUAAAGAAUCUCAAAUUUCAGGCAUGCUUGAAUAUUCUCGCAGGUGCACUUUCAGAGAACGUCUUCAAAGGUUCUCAAAUGUAAAUGAUUUCCAGCUUCAGCAUGAUAAACUUAUUGUAGUUGCUCGGAAUAUUGCUUCUAGGGUACUCAGUCGAGUUUAUGCCUCAAUCGUAUCUGUAACAAUCCCAAUUUUUACAUCAUUCAGAGAUGAUUCUAACAUGAAUGGAGAUAUUGAAGGUUUGUGCCUUAGGUUCAGUGGUGAAACCUUAUUAGAAUGCAUGCCUUGUUUGAUCACAGUUACAGUGGAUGGAUGCCACAGUGAAUUUAAACUGCCCGUCUUAGUCAAAAUCAACUGCGAGGACACAGUUUUUGGGUUAAAUCUUUUGAAGAAGUUGGUUGAAGUUCUAAGUGGAAGUUAAAGCCAACGAUAAAGUAUUGUAUGAUAAGAUGUGCAAGCAUAAACUUUUCUGAACAAGUGAUCAUUCAAUAGUGGAAAUCAGGGAUGGGAUGGGAUGGUGAUAAUGUUCCCAUUCUUUAUAUUUGUUCAUUCAAUAUGAUUAAACAUUUUCCCCUUAAAAUUCAAGAAAGGAGAAAGGGUAUUUUUUUUGUUAAUUUCUUAUGUUUUAACCAUUGGGAAAGAGAAUGAUGUUAUGUUCAGAGGAAGUGACUCUCUUUGUUCUGAAUUUAAUUAAUAUUGAUCAUGUUUUUAAGUUCA